UCUUCGUUCUCUUUUUCGGUAAACAUAUUUAUAUAUUUACACGCACGUAUGCGUACAAGAGCGGUGUACAAUGAACUGUUUUCGUGGGCCCACCCGCGAGUGAAAAAACAAGAACCGUCCCGUCUGUGGUUUAUUCUCACCGAGAGUUUGUACCUCAUAUACGGGUAGUUUGCAGCGGCCAGCAUUAUUUUCCACUGCAACGGUACACCUAUACACACACACACCAGACAACCAGAGCGUCGUUCGUGGUGUGCGGAGACGUGCUGUGGAAAAAGAACCCGCGGCAGUUGGUGCUAGAUGAGCAAUAAUCAUGGUGGCGACGAGCAGUACCGUGUUUGAGGAGACCCGUGGGAUGACUCGAGCCAGUUGACCCGAGCCGCCUCGCACGCUGCUUGUGCGCGCCGCGAUGCCGUACAUGAACAACGGCUCGGCCAACUCGGGGGAGAGCUGCCACCAGGGCUUCGGGCCCCUCCGCCAGUACCAUCAACAGGAUGGCUUUCAGCCCGAGAAGGAGCCGGUGGAGUUUGAUUGCCGGCACCUGCGGGGCGCGCCGGCCGAGGUCGAGGCGCUCGUGCACAGCAUCAAAGAGGUGGCCCAGCAGUUCCUCUACCACUGGAAGACCUUCCCGAUCGUCCUGCCGCCCGGCCUCUCGACAUUAUCGUCCAACGAGGCGGCCGGCAGCAGUGCCGUGGUCGUCGGGGGAUGCGGGGACGACAGCCUCGCCCGCAAGAAGAAACAGCCGCACUCGUACCACCUCAGGGACAUGUUUGUCACCCCGAGUUUCGACGAGCUCGACGCGGUCGCCGUCGACAACAACGGGGAGCCCCGUCGGCUCAACAACAAACACCUCGAGAGCAUACAGGAGAGAGGCUUGCACAAGGAUAAGUACGGAAAGUCGAAGAAGCUGAACGCCGAACAGCUGGAAAACAUCCGCAGAUGCGGGGAGUUUGAAGUGGAGUCGAUCAACUUUGCGGGCCAGACGCACCGUUGGCGCCUGAGCGGUUUGUUGCAACGGGGACGGGAUCGAAGGCGCGAGGCCCUCUUGCGAGAUUUGGCACUUGCAACGAGAUUCAUUGUCGUGACGGCCAAGAACAGACUGGUCUCGCACUGCUUCAGCGUGUCGGCGUCGCUGAAGGCCCUCGUAACCGGCCUACUGCGGCUCCUUGACGUCAUAAUUGGCGUGCCGUCGCUGCAGGCGCAAAACUUGGAGGCCAAAAUACGAGAGGAACGCUGCCGGUACCUCGUUGCCGAGCUCGUGUGCAAACCGGAGUACGAGGACUCACUGGAAUUGCUGUGCGGUAGCGUGCUUCGGCAGCUGCAGCGCGCCACGACUGAAAAGUUCGAGAUCGGCCGCGAGUCACCGGUCCCGGUGCCCUACGCCUUCGGCACGCCCGCCGGGGACGAGAUCGACCUUCGGCUGUUCAGCCGGGACAUCAUACGGAGAGCCAUGACGGCCCUCGUGGCGAUUCUCGAGCGCGAGACCCGCGGCUGGUUCCUCCACUUCCGCGAGAAGCUGAUAUCCGAGCUGAGGGCGCAAAAAAAGUCGGACGAGGAGAUAGAGCGGCUGGUGAACGAGGCUGUCAUGCGGGAGUACUUGCAGCGCGUGUACGCGUCGGUGCUGACCCACCCGGACCUCGCGGCCCUGGGGGACGGGAUACCCCGGCUGCUCGUCCAGCAGGCCCAGUCCGUGGUCCUCAUGUACCGGGCCGUAGACAACGUCCAGCAAAAACUCGCGAGGACCAAGGACCGGUUGCGGGAGAGGCUGGAGCGCGACAGUCCGGUGUUGUCGCGGAUAGGCCCGUGGAUGAGGAAUCGUAUGCGCGAGGCCGAGGCGCGCUUCGCCGAGGAGUGCGAGUGGAGCGCCCACGAGGAGGCCCUCGGGCUCUGCGCCCAGCAAAACCUCCAGCAAACCAUGUACUUUCUCCACCGGGACUUGACCUUUAUGAGGGAGCGGGAGCCGGUGCUGCUCAAGGAACUCGGUAAGGUCAAGGCCCCGACGAGGAUGUUCCAGUGGCCGGUGCGCAUCUGGCUGCCGAGGAACUGGAUCGUCCGGCGGAGCUUUCAGGGCCAGUCGGAGGUCAUACCGACGGUGCUCAGCAACAAUCCGACCUCCAUCACGUCCGCCAGGUCGGACAGCCAGCCCGUCUUUUUGGUCGAGCGCGAGACCGUCCACACGACGACCACGAGGUGGCCCGGCUGGCGCUGGAUAAAUUACGUGUCGCGCACGUGGUGCUGGACGUGGAACGCAAUGUUCCUGUUUGGCGUGGCGCUACCGUUGUGCAGUCCGGUGUCGUUGCGAGCUCUCGUGCUCGUCCAACCCUUCACCCCGGACCUCGAGCUCAGCCAGCUGAACGGCACCCUGUUUCCCCGCAAAUCCUCGCAGACGCCGACCCUCUACUCCCGGCUCACUGCCCUCUGGAGGCACAUCAGCAAGAGCCGGACGCACUUUGAAACGGAGCCCGAUACUGGUUUCAUCGGCAAGGGGAUGACGCGACACAUGAACAGGCUAUGGAACUACGGGGUCAAAGGCUUUCUCGGCACGUUGUGUCUUCUCUUUGUUUUCCCGGUGGUUUCGCUCGUCAUAAGCAUCGCCUCGCUCUUCAUCGCCUUAACUGCCAUUUUAUGGAUGCCGAUCGUAACUCUGGCUUUGCACGCCUUUAUGGCUCUGGUACUGGAUCUCGAUAGUCCGGACAUUGCGAGAAAUCGCUAUUUAACCGUGAUGGAAGCUCUGGUCUGGAACAUCUGCAUUCAAGGCUUUUUCCAGCCCAUAGCUGCUCUGACGAUCGCCCUCUGCAUCUGUCCUCUCGUUUCGUUCACGAUACUGACCAUCGCCGUGAUACGUUACUGGGUCAGAGUCAUGUGGGACACUGCCAUGUACCACCUGGUCAUAAAGAGCCGCGGCAGAAUACCAGCGAGCGAUAGUUUUGUCGUCAAGAGAAUCGCCGGUCCCGGAUUGGCGUCCGACUACUACUAUCAGAUACGACCGGAGCAGGCCUUGAUUGCGUUCGAAGCCAGAUUAGAGUUGGACGAGCUCGAGGCGUUCCAACGCGAAAUGGAACGGCUCAUAACUCAACCCCAGAGGGAUUUCACCCAGUUCGUCGAGGCGUGCUUCGGAAGUUUCGCGGUUAGCCUGGAAAAGACCAAGGAGCCUUACAAGUCCCUGGAGAAGGAAGCUCGCGACCUUAUGGCUGUGCUCCACGAGAAACUCGAUAGGCGCAGAAAGGACUGCAGGCUAGAGCUCGGUGUUGCCAUCAGGAGUAAAAUCAAGCUCUCCACUUACGAUCUGAAGGUGGCUUUGCAGCAAGGGGCGCUGAUGCUCGAGCGACUGUACCCCGACCACGUGUUCGCUCGAUUGUCAUCGGCCGAGGAGGACGAUUUUUGGGAAAACAAGGGCCUGAGCGUGGGCGACUGGGCCGGCCUCGCGGGCCUCAUAUACGCGGACGUGUUCAGCCUGGACUUUUUGCAGCCCCUCGACGACACCGACACCAAAUUCAAGCUCGAGCCCCACCCGAGCGUGGAUCUGUCGCGUUACACGGAACUCGUUCACAACACCGAGCUCGGUGGAGGCGUCAAUGGGCCCGACCUCCUCGGCGCCGUCUACGCCCCCAGGGGCAACAUUCAAGUGCACAGUCCGUACUUGGCCGUCUCCGCCUUCAACCCGCGAUCCAAGCCACCGAGCAGCACUCGAAAGUCCUACAAGCGAGUCAGGACACUGGGACUACUGACGACGGCGGGGAUCCGUAGACCCGCGAUGACGAGCAACAACGGGGCCGAGGCCCGUUGGCAGCCGUGGAAACGGAAAAUCCGGCCGUACAGCGCCGAAAAGCUCCUGAUACCCCUGCCGAUCCCCCAUCCCGCCCACAUAGCCGUGACGAUACACAACCGCGACACCGAGGACCCGAUACCCUUAGACUCGGACCUCUGCCAGAACAUACUCAAGGCCAUCGAGGAGUCGCCCAGCGAGAUGGCCAUGGAGAGUGUCGUCGUGGGCCGGUGUCGGGGAGGCGACUCGAGCUUCGACUCGGUUGCCUCCCAGUCGUCCGAAUCGAUCGAUGCCAUCGACAAGAUCGACGAGUGUCGGGAGGACGCGGGAGACCCGGACGAGAAGGAGACGGAGACGUACCACUGGACCCUGUCGAACUGGGGCGGUGGGAUGGCCAGGCGAAGAAACAACUCGGGCUCGAUCAAGGUCGACUUGGCGUCGCCGGAGGACGUGACGCUCGACACCGACAGCACGAGGGUCAUGUUCAGCACUUACGGCACAACGGUGUAGCUCACCCGACGGACAUCGACUUUCAACAUUUUAUAUAUGUACACGCAUGUGCGUAUACGUAACUGCUUCCGCAUCGAAAACGUCAAUUUCGGACAAAAGGACGGAGAAGCUUAAAUAAAUAAAGAUCUCCUUCGAGUGUACAAGUCGAUCUCACAACAGGAUAACUAUUUCACCCGUAACACAAUUAGAUUCAAUUUUUUUUUUUUUUUUUAUCUAGAAAUUUCAAAGUCGGAUAUAAUCGCUCAUUGAUCGCAUUUCUCAUUAAUCGAUUGCAUUUUACAGAGCUCGCAAAUUCAUUUGCACAGUUGUAUUUUUUAAGCCAAGCGUAUAAGUAUUAUUCCUGUGUUGCAUCAGGUCACUGUCGUCAAAAUAGGCGAACGAGCGAUCGACUUUUCCGAGCUGAUCGUCAUGUUACAUACAAGCCGUGACUACAAACUGCUUUAUUAAAAAAAAAAGUCUGAAAUAAGUGCGCAGCGCUUAGCAUUUUACGAUAAUUCGAGUAAUCAAGCGUAACACGUAUGUAUCUAUAUUUAAGAAAAAAAAUAAGCAAAAAAUUUUUAAAAAAAAUCCAAUUAAUCAGAUUUCGGCGAGUCUUUGUAAAUUACUUGCUCUUGAAAAAUCAACUUUUCCCGCAUCAUCCGUGAUGCGAAACUUACUUGUAAAACUGUAAAUAUAAUUUCCGCAUAGCCAAGGAUUAUAAUAUACUGGGCUAUAUGAAUGAUAUGUAAAGAACUGCAUCAAUGUGUUGAUUAACGAUACCGUGUACCAACCGACGCGGUAACAUGGCAUGGAUUUUUCACUGACAAAAAAAAAUACAUACGAUAACACGGCUGUCUGUUGUAAAUGUACGCUUCGAACGAACAAAUAAGACUCCGUAUAUUGAAAAGAAAAAAAAAAAAUUUUUUAUUGCAUGCCGUUGCGUGAAGCGAAAGAGUUUUGAAAAUUCCGUUCGACAAGUGUAACU